AUGUCGUCGUGGGCUGAAAAUUUCACAAUGGCAUCGAAUUGGCAAAUAAAACACGAACUAGCUUAUUGGAAAGCUAGGGCGAAAGCUCUGGAAUAUGAGAAUGGAUUGUUACAUGACAUCAUUAGAAAGAAUCAUUUAGGGAACCAAAGAGAACAGGACACAGAUAAUGAGGACAGCGAAGAGCAAAAUGAAGCAGAUGAUCAAAAUGAAGAAUUUGAUGAAAAUGCACACUGUGUGGAAGAAGAUGAAGAGUUCACAGUUAGUGAAGAAUUUAUAGAAUUUAUUAAAGCGAACGCGAAGUUCAAAGAAGAUGCGAGACGUGAACGUGAAUUGUUGAGACAAAAAGAAAAUACAGAUGAUAUAACUGAUGAACCUCAACAGACUAGUGUUUUAAGUGAGGAUCACUAUAAAGAACUUUAUGGUGAUAAGUGGGAAAGAAUAUGUGCAUUAGAGAUGUCUUUAACGGCCGACUUUAUGGAUAAAAAAGAUGAAUACAAACCUGCAUACUGGCCAAAUAUACCUUUUAAUUUUAGUUAA